AUGGACGUGGCAAGUCUCCGAUUUUUAAUACUAAUAGCAAUUGUUCUGUUGCCAUUGGGUGGAUGCCGAAAAUCCGGUUCAAGGUUUACGAAUCUAAAGUGCGAGUCCUACGAUCUUGAUUUCGCCAAGUUCAACAACUGCAGACUCAACGUGCUCGGCAGGGGCGUGGUCGGCACUAAUAUACACAUCAAUUUGCUGAAAAUACCAAUCAAUAAUGUACAGAUCAACUGGAGUUUGUGGCGACGCUACAGUGGCUACAAAUUGUUUUUAUACAAUGCCACCUGCAAUUUCUGUCAGCUUUUGGCCCAUCCCGACAGCAUAUCCUUUCAGUCAAUUGUGCUGAGUGCGAUCAGAACUAGUUCCAAUCUGAAUCACAGUUGCCCAUAUAAACAUGAUAUCAUUGUGGAUAAUAUGGUAUUCAAGGACGAGUUUCUGCAAAAGCUGCCACUGCCACAGGGCGAUUACAAGAUACAAAUGCGAUUUGCCACAUACAAGGUUUGGAAGUUUCAAAUCGAAAUUUUUCUUCUGCGUAAUGAAUGA